AUGGUUCAAAAUACCACCCAGGCGGAGCUAACCCCCGAUGAAGACAGCAUCAGGAUGAUGUUGACCUGCAAGGUCCACAUCGGAACGAAGAAUGUCGAAAACAAGAUGAAGAAGUAUGUCUUCACCAGGACCCAGGAAGGUGUGCACCUCAUCGACCUUUCGUGGACCCUGAAGAAGGUCAAGUUGGCGGCAAGGGCUAUUGUUGCUGUCACCAACCCCGCCGAGGUCGUGGUCGUAUCCGCCAGGCCCUACGGUAGCCGUGCGGUGCUCAAGUUCUCGCACUACGUCGGAUCUCAGCCCAUUGCUGGAAGCUGGGUGCCGGGCACUCUCACCAACCAGAUCACGCAGAAGUUCAUCGAGCCCAGACUCAUGAUCGCCACCGACCCCAGGACCGACGCUCAGGCCCUCAAAGAGUCCUCAUACGUGGCGCUCCCCGUCAUCGCUCUCUGUGAUACCGACUCCCCGCUGCAGUUCGUGGACAUUGCCAUCCCCUGCAACAACAAGGGAAAGAAGUCCAUUGCGCUCAUGUACUGGCUCCUGGCGCGCGAGGUGCUCUACCUGCGCAACCAGAUCCAGAGACACAUGCCGUGGGACGUCAUGGUCGACACCUUCUUCUGGAGGGACGCCGAGCAGCUCGAGUUGAAGUUCGAGGAGCAGAAGCGUGAGGAGCACACUGCUUCCCUGCGCCCGCUCAUGCCCCCGAAUGUCGAGGGUGACUGGAGCCAGAUGGCCGGUGCACAGCCGACCACCGACUGGAAGGUCAUGGCCGCCGGCAACGACGAAUGGGGAAACUUCGUCGACGCCAGGACCACAUGGCAGUAA